AUGUUGGGGAGCCUGUUGAUCCUGGCGCUGGGGUGCAGCCAAGCGCUAGCCGGCGAUUCGGAAACAUCGAUCCAGCAGAAGCGAGGAAUACUCAAUGACGGCUGGGUGGGCCUGUCCGGGCCUUACGGGGGCUACGGACUCGGACAUCCCGUUGCUGCUAGUCUGCCGCUGGACACCGCGGGGUGGCAGUACGGCAAGGCGAGCGUGGGUCUGCCGAUAAAACACGAGACGCACCACGUGAAGACGGUGCCCGUCGUCGUGACCAAGCACGUUGUCGUGGAGAAGCCGGUCGCCGUGCCCGUAGAAAAAGUCAUUCCAGUGCCCAUUGAUAGGCCCAUCGCGGUUCCCUACCCCCAGGUGAAGCACCCCGUUGCCAUACCGUAUCCAGUGCCCAUAAAGCAACCGGUACCGGUGUAUCUACACCACGGACAUCAUCAUCACGCUCACGCGGGCGCCUACCUCGGACACGGAGGACACUACUCUGGGCUUCAUGGCUACGGUGUUCAUGGACUCCACGGUAUUCACGGACUUCACGGUCUCCAUGGGCUUCACGGUCUUCACGGCCUCCAUGGGCUUCACGGUGUUCACGGACUCCACGGUCUCCAUGGGCUGCACGGACACGGGCACCAGCUGUACGGGCACUAUGGUGCUCCCGUGCAUUAUCACUCACAGCCCAGUGGUUGGAGCAAAUCCAAGCGUAGCGAAAACAGCGUCCCCAAAGACGAGGAGAGCGAAUGA